AGUCCAACAUUUAGUACAUUUAUUUCGUAUUGUUGCAACAAAAUGUUUAAUUUCAUGUGGUUCGAAUAAUAGACGAAAAUUAACAACAUAAGAUGGAAGUAACUGAUAAUUCCAUUAUUCUCCAAAAUAAUAGCAGCAUAACAGUGGCAGAUUCGGUGUGGAAAUUUAUUAACAGCCCUAUAAUUGCAAUCUUCUCUGACUUAAAAAAUGCAACCGCAGAACAAAUGCUUCGUUCCCUUUUGGAAUCGAUACUUAAAGGUUCAGCAACUUUAAUUACAGUUUUAGUUCCACCAUAUAGUAAUGGAAUUCAAAACGAAACGUUACAAAGUCAAUAUGCUGCUUUUACUACUUGGUUAUUUGGUACAAUGUUUUAUAUAAUUGGAGACCCUCUAAGCAAUGAUAUUUUAAUUAACAGUAUAGAAAUACAAGCCUGUAUGCUUAGAAUAUUAUCCAGACAUCAUGUCACAAUGUUUGAAACUAUUAGCAUUGAGUACAUGAAUAUUCUUCAAGAAAUAUCAGAAUUCUACAAAAUGAAAGAAGAUCGAGAUGAAAUUGUAUUAACUAAAUUUAAAACAGAAAGAAAUAUCAUAGAAAAUUUAGAUCUGCAAGCAUUUCCUGUUACAAUCAAGUAUUCAGAUAUACCGCUAGUACAAGUAUCAAUAUUAAAAAUUGUAACAAAGACAGGAGUCUCGGUCUGGAAUGAGAAAGCAAUUUCAGGCACUAUAUUGAAAACAAUUACUGUAUCUGUUCCAAAUGUAAAGUUUAUGGCAUUAAGUCUUAGUGUAAAAUUAAUGGAAUCUUCCUUAAUUAAUAAACAGGAACUUGAACAUUUAAUUCUCUAUGCCAUUGAGAUUGUUAAAAUAAUUUCUACAUGGGUAGAUUCGAAUGAAGUAUCAGGAAAUGAGUUACAUUCAUUUGUAGAUAUGCUUACUCAAUUUAUUCGAACAUCGCCAGUAUGUCCAAAUUCUAUUGAAUUAUGCUUUCAAGUCAUUGACCUUAUUGUUUAUGAAUUAACACGUUACAAUAAUAAUCCUGAGAGUAUAACGAUACUGAAAGAAGUAGUAUGUAACAAAAUUAAACAGUAUUUUAUAAAGGAACCAAGAAUCUGUAGUUUAUCCGAAGCGAAAAAGUUUAUCUCAUAUUUUGAACAUUGUCCAGACUUUAUUAUGAUUUUUAUUCAAUAUAUUUUCACCGAUAUUAAGCAUACUGCUAGUACAAAUAAUUUAAUUGGUGAUGUCUGUGAAUCAUGGAAUUUAUUGAGAAAUGAAUUAAUAACUGUGACACGAGAAAGAAAGUUUGAAAGAACUAUGCAUAUUUUGCGAACUUCGCAUAUUUUACAGUCUUGGUUGAAGGAAUUAAAGUUGCAAUUUAAUUUGUACACGACUGAUUUAGAUGAUGUUUUAAAGAUACUUUUGGAAACCAUAAAUUCUGGACAAUACCAGCAAAAGAAAAAUAUUUUUGAAUGUUUCAUUUAUAUGAUGGCGCACGAUGAAUCAAAUAAAGAUUUAAUUCAAAAACUUUUAAUUUUACCAUUUACUCAGCAUAUUGAAAUUCCUCAAGGAAUAAUAAAUAAUCAUGUGAAAGAAGCUGCUAGAUCUCUUGAUAUUGCAACAAUGUUAAAGUGCCUUGAAGUUCUUUGCGAAUUUGGUAAUGGAAUGGAGCGACUUAAAUUGUUAAAUACUUGCAUAUUAAAUUCUAAAACUGAGUUAGCUGUGGGAGCACUACUGAGUAGCGUUCUACUUCUGAAGAACAAUCAAAUACAAUUGGUCGAUAUGUCAAAAUAUAUUCUUCAAACUGCAUUAAAUUCAAAAGAAGAAAAAGUUCAUGAAGUGCUAGUGAUUGUGUUGGGAAAAAUCAGUUGUUAUUUGUCAGGACAUGCAGACUUUAUAAGAGAAUUAAAUAAUACAAAGUGGACGAUACACUGCAAAUGUUGUACAGACAGUUGUGCAAGUAAUUCUAAUGUAUAUCAUGUCUCUGAAGAAUACGAUUACCUCCUCAGCCAAUGUUUUAGUUUGUUAUCUUCAAAAUGCGUAUCAGUGCGUUUACGUAUUUCUGAAAAUAUUCUCUCUUUUUCGAAUCACAUAAAAUCGUUUAAUGACAAUGAAAUAGCAAGAAUAUGGUGUUCGUACAUAGAAGAUGAAAAUUCUGUGAUUCGUUCUAAUAUUGCUGAAGCAAUAAAAGGAAUAUUAAACAAUAAAAUAAAUAUUGUGGCAAAAUCUCUGGCAUACGUAGAAAAUGAUGUACCUACUUUUUUAGAUGAAUUUGUAGAUUUACUAAUUAAUACUAUAGCAAGUGCUCUUAUGAAAGCUCUAAAAAAUUCCAAUCAUGCUUUACACGAUACUUUGCUUAUUACAGCUAGAAACUGUACAAGUAUUCCAUUAUACAUAAUGGAGAGACCAAUUUUGAAUAUAUUUCUCAUUUCUAUAUUAUAUUCAACAUCAUCUCCAGCAGCAGUAGCGUACGCUACAACCGCGUAUCACGACUUUGCUAAAUUCUUAAAUGUUUCUCCUAAAGCAUUAUACGUUCGGUAUAAGAAAGACUUUAUUAAGCUCAUAAUGCAGUGUGCAGUCCAAAAUUUUAUAAAUUGUUCCUACAACAUGGCCACAUCGAUACACCGUGUUGCAAAGUGUAUUGGAUACGAGGGUUCGCGUCAAUUGUUGCGUAAAGAUGGCCAUUAUGCAAUCUGUUUCUUGCUUUCCUUCAUUGUUAAUAUGCCGAAUGCAAAAGCUCUUUUGAGUGAUAUAGCUGAAUUGAUCAGUAUGGAUGAGAAACAAAUGUUGAAAGAAUAUUUUCCUUAUAUUUGCAGUUACGCAUUUCUAAACAUGCCUCUAGCAGCUGCUACAGAAUGUUUACGAUUAGUCUCCAAACUUGCUCACACAAAUUUAUCGCUUCUGACAAGACAAUCAUUUAUGGAUAUUUUUGAAGAGCUGAUGUUAUAUUUUCACGAAUCUCCGGAAAAGAUAGUUGGGUUAUUAAAAAUUAUAUCCGAUUACGAUACUACUACAGAAAAAAAUUUUAUUACAAGAAAAGGAAUUAAAUCUUAUUUGAAUUUACGAUUGCACGGUAUAUUAGUUAACUUUGAUAUAAAACUUGGAUCUAAAUCGGAUGAACAUACACAGCAAUCUGCGCUUGCUUCGUUAGCUGCAUUAAUGCGAUAUAUGGGAGCAGAGUAUUUAACACCGUUAAGGUAUAAAAUUCUAGCAACGUUACGAACGUCGCUUGGGUUUAAAAGGCCAGGAUUUGGACUUCUCGUAUGCGAUGCAUGGAAUGCAUUUAUUCAUAACAUAGCUAUCGCAGAACUUGGGCCUUUAUUGCCUACUAUAUGCGUAUCAUUGAUAACAUUAUUAAAAAUAUAUCCAGAAAAAGUGAUUGCAAUGUUAAAGUUCCUUAUCAUCGAGUGCAAUGAAGAAAAUUCUAAUCACAUUGCAGAAUUGUUUUUUAUAGACGACAUAGACGUUCCUGGUGACAUUUCAAAUAUAAUUAAAGCGCGAAUUUUGCAAACCAGGCCCAAAGGUUUCGAAGCAAAUUUAAAGUUGUGGCUUAAACGAGUUACUCAUGAAACGGAUGAAGUACGAAUUAGGGCUUUGAUAUAUUUGCAAAAAUUUCUGGCAGAACACCGAAGCCAACUGAACGAAAUGAUUCUAAGCGAAACAGAUAUCCAUCCACUGAUCGUUGAUCUACUGGAUACGUUAUUAAUUGGAUGUCACCAUACAGAUGAAUGUAUCCGUUUAUUGUAUGGAGAAUGUUUAGGAGAAUUGGGUGCUAUCGAGCCAAGUCUUCUACCCCGGAGAAUUAUUGCCCGAGAUGACAGUAAAUUUAUUUCUGAUAUGAACGAAGAAUUCGCUUGUGCUAUACUCUUUGAGCAUGUGCGGGCAUUUCAAAUGCAAAAGAGCAGUCAGAGUAUGGACUGUUUUUCACUUGCUAUUCAAGAAAUUUUAAAAGCAUAUGAUAUUUCACCUGAAGGUAAAAAUAGUGAACUGUGGGAUAACCUACCUUUGACUACGAGACAAAUUAUCUCUCCCUUUUUAACUUCGCAUUACAAAAUAGCAGCUGUCAGCAAUGAUAAAAAGUUUCCACAUCCUAUUUAUGGUUCUGAAGCUGGUUCUUCCGUCGAAAAUUGGGCUUACAAUUGGCUUUGCAGUAUGUUUAACGACAUCUACGAUGAAAGGCUCAAUAGUGUAUUACGUGCGUGUAAAUUAGCACUUAAGCGAGAUAUAAAAAUACUCACAUUUUGUUUGUUACAUGUUGUGUCAUACAUAGUAACAAAUGCCACAGACAAAGAACAUACAAGAAUACGAGAGGAAAUGUUGACAAUAAUCGAUGUUAAGAAGAAACCCACACUUGAUCCUGAAUUGUCGCGUCAUCGACCGCUAAGACAUGGGCAUAGCGUAAAGGCAGACGAUACAAGAAUCUCUGAAGAAACUAGACGAACGCGUUGUGCACAGAUCGUAUUUUCAGUAUUAGAUCAUUUGCAAAGAUGGCUUUGGGAACAACGAUUAAAUCGUAAUCAUAAGUAUGAAGCAGUAAAAAAUUUCUGUGAGAAAUUAAAUUCAUUGGUAGUGGCUGAAGGUUGUUAUCAAUCUCGAGAAUAUCAUAGGGCUCUAAUGUAUUUAGAGCAACAUAUGGCUUCCUCUAAUAAGGGAUUAUCAGAAGCACUGGAGGGUGGAUUGCUAGCUAAAAUAUAUGCACAAUUGGAUGAGCCGGAUGGUAUAUCAGGUAUACUAGCUACUCAAGAUCAUACUCCUACGGUUCAGCAAUUAGUUUUAGCUCAUGAAGUCAAUGGACAGCUUCAGGAUGCAGCUACAUGUUACGAAAGACUAGCACAAAAAAAAACAUUAAAACAUACAUAUUUGCAAGGCAUGAUACAGUGUUACCUUGGUCUCGAUCAGCCUUUCACAGCAAAACAUAUUACCGAAGGAGUUUUGAGCAGCAGACCAGAGCUAGAACCAUUAAUGAUCGAACAUGAACCUUUUUGGAGAUUGGCACAUUUCACUAGACUUGAUGAUACUUCGCAAAAAAAUAUAAAGCAUACUUUGCUCGAAGAUUUAAAGAAAGGCGUGAAACCAGAUUUACUAUCAUUAAAGAAAAACCUAGUAUCGUUGCUAGAAGAUGCUUCACGCCCGGGAGCUUAUCAACAAUGUUACUCCUACAUCAUGAAACUACACAUAUUAAAUGAGUUCGACAAAGCAGUUUCUACCAUGUUAACUAAUAUAGAGCAACUUCCAAUGAUAUUUGAAGAGUGGGAAAAGCGUGGCCAACUCGUCAGAGCUUCGCGUGGAGUUGAAUUUGUAUUCAGUAUGCGUAGAGCAACGUUAGAUUUAGCAGUUCAAUUACAGAAAGAAAUCAACAAUAAAGAAAAUUCCAUACUUAAACAAGAAAUUGGCAAGAUUUGGCUUAAAAGCGCCAAGAUUGCGAGAAAGAGGGGAUUGCAUCAACAAUCGUACAUGUAUAUUUUAUCAGCUAGCGAUUCUUGCCCACCGCAACAACUUUACAUAGAACAAGCUCAGUUAUACUGGCAGAAAGGAUGCCAAGAAGAUGCUUUUACAACAUUAAAACGAUGCUUUUCCAGUUGCUUUCAACCCUCUGCAUAUUACAAAACAUUGGCAUCGACAGAGCGUAUAGAAGAAAGAAAACAAUGUGCAAAGGCAAAACUUUUGUAUGCAAAAUAUAAUGAUGAAACGGUUAAUGUAGAUACCGAUGCUAAUAUUAUAAAUUACAAGGAAGCUAUUGAAGUUUGGAGAGAAUGGGAAAAAAGUUUACUUUCCUGUGCACAGUAUUACGAAUCUGUCAUAAAUAGAAUGACUGACGAUGAAAAAGAUAGCAGAGGACGAGAUUUACAAGUGCACGCUAUGAAUUUUUAUGGGAAGUCACUUCAAUAUGGUUGCAAAUACAUUCAUCAGUCUAUGCCAAGAAUGUUGACUAUAUGGUUGGAUUUUGCUUCUCGCAUGACAUCCCGAACUGUACAGUAUGGUAAUCGAGAAGUUGAAAAACUUCGACGAGAUGCGUUAUUAAAAAUGACAAAAAUUAUGGAAGUAUAUCAAGAAAGGCUACCAAUAUUUAUGUGGCUGACAGCAUUCAGCCAACUCAUAUCUAGAAUAUGCCAUCCCUCUACGGAAGUGCAAAAUACUCUUUGUACAAUAGUAGUAAAGCUCAUUUAUGCAUAUCCCCAACAUUGCUUAUGGAUGAUGGCAUCAGUUAUCAAUUCUUCCUACCCUGCACGUCAAAGACGUUGUCAAGAAAUACUCAAUAACUCUAAAUUUAAAACUGCUGAAAUGACAAAACUUAUUAAAGAUUUCCACACAUUAUGGGAAAGACUAAUCGAAUUAUCCAAUAAAACAAUUCCAGAUGGCGUCAUGAGUACUACGGUAAAUCAAUUAUCGCAAAACCUUCCCCGUUUACUUUCACAUAGAGAUUUUAGCCAAAUUAUGAUGCCGACAACCAAGUUUAGACAAUUUCAUCUGCCCUCUAAGGGCGUAUCAUUGGAAAAUCACAAUCCAUUUUCAUCCAACUGGAUUCACAUAGCUGGAAUAGAAGGGAGUGUAGCCAUUAUGCCAUCUUUGCAAAGACCGCGACGUAUUGCUUUAAAAGGGUCAGAUGGUAGGCAAUAUCUUUUCAUGUGCAAGCCAAAAGACGAUUUACGAAGAGAUUUUAGAUUAAUGGAAUUCAACGAUAUUGUAAAUAAGUAUCUUCAAAAUGAUCCAGAAUCGCGACAAAGAAGAUUGUACAUUCGAACAUAUAGCGUUGUACCCUUAAACGAAGAAUGCGGUUUAAUAGAAUGGGUACCGAAUCUAGUUGGGUUUAGACCUGUUAUAAUAAAUUUGUAUAAAGAAAGAGGUAUUGCAAUUACAAAUAGAGAACUUAAGAGCAUGUUGUGCGCGUUGAAAGAUCCUCUGGAAAAAAAGAGGAAGGUAUUCUUAGAGCAACUCUUACCGCGACAUCCCUCAGUUCUUGGAGACUGGUUUCGCCUCACAUUCCCCGAUCCAUAUGGAUGGUACGAAGCACGUACCGCGUACAUUAGAACUACAGCAGUAAUGUCCAUGGUGGGCUAUAUUCUUGGCCUUGGAGAUCGUCACGGGGAGAAUAUACUAUAUGACUCUAAAUGCGGAGAUUCUGUGCACGUGGAUUUCAAUUGUUUAUUCAACAGGGGAGAAGACUUCGACUGGCCGGAACGUGUGCCAUUUCGUUUAACACAUAACAUGGUAGAUGCUAUGGGACCGUUAAAAAUUGAAGGACCAUUUAGACGUGCUUGUGAAAUAACUAUGAGGGUUCUUCGACAACAAUGUAGCACUUUAUUAAGUGUACUCACUCCAUUUGUAUACGAUCCACUUGUAAGCUGGAAUAAGAACCAUACUGGCGAAGGAGGUGAAAAAACAAAUGAAAAGGCUGUAGUACAUAUAAAGAAUAUAGAACAACGGCUAAAAGGUUUAAUACGAUCUCAUGGGAAAAAAUUAGAAAAUAUUGCCUUGAAUCUUAGUGUCGAGGGACAAACUAACCAUCUAAUUCUAGAAGCAACAAACAUAGAUAAUCUUUGCCAAAUGUAUUUUGGUUGGGGUGCAUAUAUGUAACAAGUAUUAUAAUGUAUAAAUUACCUGUAUAUAGGAAAAACAUGCAUUACAAGUAUUUAGAAUGAUACAAAUCAAUUCUUUGGUCUCAAGGUUCUGAAUUGAAACGUCGAAGCAUCAUAAAAUAUGAAAGUGCAGUACUAAGUGUCUGUAAAUGUAUGUAAAUAAAGUAAUUGUUGUAUAGUAUUGUAUACUAAGUAUUGUAAUAAUAACAAUUUUAUAUAUUUUUAUACAUAAAUUAGCAUUAAUAAAAUUUUUACCGAUGUGAA